UAGGCCCUAAACACAAGGCACAUGGCGCCGCACAAAUCCUCUCCCUUUCUCCUCCCGACGAAGGGACACGAAUAAAACCGAACGCGCGUUCCAAAUUCAAAUCAGUCCAAUAGUUAUCGAGAAGUGCAUCGCACGCGCUUACAAGCGGUCUGAAAUGUCGAAAUAAUUCAUAAGAAAAAAAAAAGUUUUUUAUGUGAUUAAAGCAAGAACUGAAAACAAAAUGGCGUUGUCUAUUGUGAGAUUUGGAUUGAGAACGGUUAUGAAUUUUGAGAGGAAUGCAGCUGUUUUGUCUGUGGUCAGUGCACCGAAACAAUUUAAAUUAUUCCACACCAAGCCGACGUGCAACGGCAGUGUGUGCUACUUAGACAGUGACCGGGAGCUGCAGCAGCGGCGCGCGGCGCUGCGGCGGUACAGCAAGCAGCACGGCCGCCCCGAGGAGGACCGCAGGAAAGACAGCGACUCCGAUUCAGACUCCGAUACCGAAUGCAAGGGGUUUGAUAGAUCAGAGUUCUGGCGCCGGAAGAUGCGUACAGUCCACAACAUUUUGGAUGUCGACAAGGACGGCCUGAUCUCCUUCAACGACUUCCUGCUCUUCGCCGAGAGGUUCAAGUCACUUGGACAUCUGGACGACCAGCAGGCGGAGGAGUUCAUUAGUAUUAUCAAGUUAACAUGGGAAGAGCAGUGGGGUGCUAUCGACCCUUACAACUUCGUGACGGUGGAGCAGUAUCUGGAGGACAUGCAUCACGUGCUCAACGACAAGACGCUUAAGAAGAAGGCGCAUCGCUGGUUACCGUACCUGUUCAAGGCGGUUGACAAAGACAAGUCUGGCUUCAUCUCGGUGCACGAGUUCAAGCUGUUCUUCCAGUGCCUGGGGCUGGACAACGAGCAUGCUGCUGUUGCCUUUGCUGUCAUAGAUGUUAAUGGGGAUGGCAAACUAUCGCAGAAAGAGUUUGUGAAACUCGGAAGAGAUUUUUUCUGCAGCGAAGACGAGACAAAGGUUUCCAAAAUGUUUUGGGGGCCACUGAUUAACUAAGUCAUAGUAAUAUAAGCUUUAUACCUAGCUCUUAAGAGACAUAUUUGACUGCGGUUCAUUUUUAGGUUAUAAGUGCGUGUAUUUCUAUUAAAAGACAGCUAUCUUAAAUAGUUUUCGUUAAGUUUAGGUUGCGUCACGCCAUGCUUUUGACUUCGUGGCGUAAUGUAGUCUAAAUUAGUUUAGUUUUUGCAUAUUGCAAGUUAAAUGACGGUGAAUGUUGCUUUUUGAUACGAUUUACAAGUUUUUUAACAAUAAUACAUUUGAGGACAAUAAUGAUAUCUCUCAUAGAGCUCAUAAACAGGUUACAUUUGAAAACACACUUCCUAAACCAGUUUUCAGUACACUUUUUACUCAAAACUAGUUUUUUAGAGAUUCAGUAUAACAUCAAAAAGCAUAUGAAUAAAGAUGUGAUGUAACGUAGCCUAAAUAUGUUUUAAUAUAAUCAGACUACGCUCUUACCUAUAAUUCUGUCUACCUGAUGACACUAAAACAAUUAAAUAUAAGAACUUCCUAUUUUACUAACAUUCGAUAUUGAAUGUAAAAUUAUAUUAAAUAGAAUCUCAAUAUAUUUGAA